CCCGUUGUGUCAGGCUUGCGCCUGCUGCCUCUCCUCCCCCUGUUCCCUGCAGGUGUGUCUCUGGCUUCCGGCCGCCUGUCCCACUUCAGCCAGGACGCCCGCCGGAGAGGUCGCCCGCGGUGCAGCCCCAGCGAGCCCGAAACACACCAGCCGAGUGACCCGCGAUGGAAGCCGCAGAUGCUUCCAGGAGCCCCGGGGCCAGCCCGGAGUCCAGGGAUGGCCGCAGCCCUCCGCGCGCCAACGGCAGCCUGGAGAACGGGGUCAAGGUCGAAGGCAAAGAGGCCAAGACCACCAAUGGGCACGGCGGGGAGGCAGCCGAGGGCAAGGGCCUUGUCAGCGCCCUGAAGUCCGGCGAGGGAAAGAGCGCCCUAUUCUCGGGGAACGAGUGGCGGCGGCCCAUCAUCCAGUUUGUGGAGUCCGUGGAUGACAAGAGCUCCAGCUACUUCAGCAUGGACUCUGGGGACGGCAAGAGGUCACCCUACGCUGGGCUGCAGCUGGGCGCUGCCAAGAAGCCGCCCGUCACCUUUGCCGAGAAGGGGGAGCUGCGCAAGUCCAUCUUCUCAGAGGCGCGGAGGCCCGAGCCCGGGGAGGCCCGGCGCAACAGCUACCCGCGGGCCGACACCGGCAUCCUGUUGCGCUCCAAGUCGGCCUCCGAGGAGGUCCUGUGCGACUCCUGCAUCGGCAACAAGCAGAGGGCCGUCAAGUCCUGCCUCGUGUGCCAGGCCUCCUUCUGCGAGCUGCACCUGAAGCCGCACCUGGAGGGCGCCGCCUUCCGCGACCACCAGUUGCUCGAGCCCAUCCGGGACUUCGAGGCCCGCAAGUGCCCCCUGCAUGGCAAGACCAUGGAGCUCUUCUGCCAGUCGGACCAGACCUGCAUCUGCUACCUCUGCAUGUUCCAGGAGCACAAGAACCACAGCACGGUGACGGUGGAAGAGGCCAAGGCCGAGAAGGAGACAGAGCUGUCACUGCAAAAGGAGCAGCUACAACUCAAGAUCAUUGAGAUUGAGGAUGAAGUUGAGAAGUGGCACAAGGAGAAGGACCGCAUCAAGAGCUUCACCACCAAUGAGAAGGCUAUCCUGGAGCAGAACUUCCGGGACUUGGUGAGGGAUCUGGAGAAGCAGAAGGAGGAAGUGAGGGCUGCCCUGGAGCAGCGGGAGCAGGAUGCUGUAGACCAGGUGAAGGUGAUCGUGGAUGCUCUGGACGAGAGGGCCAAGGUGCUGCAGGAGGACAAGCAGACCAGGGAGCAGAUGCACAGCAUCAGUGACUCAGUGCUGUUUCUGCAGGAAUUUGGUGCAUUGAUGAGCAAUUACUCCCUCCCUCCACCCCUGCCCACCUAUCACGUUCUGCUGGAGGGGGAGGGCCUCGGGCAGUCCCUCAGCAGCUUCAAGGAUGACCUCCUCAAUGUGUGCAUGCGCCACGUCGAGAAGAUGUGCAAGGCAGACCUGAGCCGUAACUUCAUCGAGAGGAACCACAUAGAGAAUGGAGGCGACCAUCGCUUCAUGAACAACUACACAAACAGCUUCGGGGGCGAGUGGAGCCCGCCAGAUCCCAUGAAGAGAUACUCCAUGUACCUGGCGCCCAAGGGUAGGGGAGAGCGCCCUGCUGGUGGGUCCAGGACAUCGUACCAGCCGGGGUCCCCCAGCCGCCUCUCCAAGGAGACCAACCAGAAGAACUUCAACAAUCUCUACGGCACCAAAGGAAACUACACGUCCCGGGUCUGGGAAUACUCCUCCACUAUUCAGAACUCCGACGAGCUGCCUGCGGUCCAAGGCAGCUCCUCGUUCUCCCUGAAAGCAGGCACUAGAAAAGUCCCCUAUCAGCUCACCACCUUGGGACAGGCCACCACAAAGUUUUCCAAACCGCUGGACGGCCGUGGGCUGUUUAAAAAUAAUCCUGGCUACCCCUCCCUCAUGAGGAGCCAGAGCCCCAAGGCCCAGCCCCAGACUUGGAAGUCGGGCAAGCAGACUUUGCUGCCUCACUACCGGCCAUUCUACGUCAACAAAGGCAACGGAGUCGGAUCCAACGAGGCCCCCUGAGCACAGAUUGCCAGACCCAGGCAGCACCGUCCCUGCGCUCCCCAGCUGAGCCUGCUGUUCCCGCUGCUGUUCCCAUCAGGGUGGGCGGGGCCCAGCCCUGCGUCCUGGCCUCCCCUUCCCCCCUUAGCCACACUCCAGCCAGGCCCCUCUCCUCUCUGUGACCUCUAACGGUGCUCUGAGGCCAGCCGUGGUGGGGGUGGGAGAUGGGUGGGCUCCUCUCCCCUCCCUUCCUCCCUCCUCAUCCUGGGUGGGAUGGUUGGGGCUGGUGGUGGGCCUGCACGGUACCAGCCUGUCUCUCUGGACCUCCCCCGCCAUCUCAGGCCCAUUGGUCAUUUCUCCGUGGGCCUUCCCCCGUGAUGAGCCGGCGGGUGCCUGGCCGACGCAGCUGCUCAUCGUGCAUCCCCGCGGGCCCGCCUUCUUUUCGGCAGCCUGGCCCUAGCAGGAGGGGACCGGCGUUACGUGCUCUGCCCUGGUCCUAGCUAUCAGUGCCCAGGCUGGCAGAGCCUGCGGCCCUUGACCACCCCCGAGGGAAAGCUCUCCACGUCUCAGCAUCAUCAGGACCCACCUUGGGUCUCACCACACCUGCUUUGCGUCCGAGGUCCCUGGGGAAGGUUAGGCUGUUGGAUAAUCUUAGCCACGAAACCUCUUCUAGCUGCUGAGAUAAGCGAUUCCCUCAACAUGCCACAUGAAAACGCCACUGGCCCAGCUGCCCUCAGGGACCCUCAUUUACCUGUAGAGCCUCAUUGGGUCUGUGAUUCUGUGUCCCCCUGGCUACGGGAUGUGAGCAGGCUGGUGGAAGCGUGGCUGGGCUGGUAUCUGCUGGGACCACUUCCAAGGGUACCUUGCAACGUGCCCAGCCUCAUCCGCCACCCCCGUGACACAGGCCUCCUCUCCCUUCUGCCUGCCGUCCACAUGGCAUGUUGCCGUGGGGCCCAGACCAAACCAGCAACAGCAAGGUGGGGUCCGCCCGCCUCUCACGGCUCUGGGGAGUCGGCCGGCUGGCCAGGGUAGCAGGGGAAGGGAGGGAGACAUCCGGCUUUGGCUUUCCUCACCAAAUAAAACUUGGAUCACCCACUU